AUGGGGAACGUGACCGACCGACUUUCAUUGCUAGCAAUUAAGGCCAAAAUAGUUGAGGACCCACUGCAUGUUUUGAGCUCCUGGGAUGACUCUAUCCACUUCUGCCAAUGGCAAGGCAUUACGUGUGGCCACAGGCAUCAGAGGGUCACUGCCUUGGACUUACAGUCCCGGGAACUGGUGGGAUCGAUAUCACCACAGCUUGGGAAUUUAAGCUUUCUGAGGGAAUUACUGCUUCAGAACAAUAGCUUUGGCAAUGAAAUUCCCCCGGAAAUAGGCCACUUGCCAAGGCCGCAGAUUUUGCAGUUGAGCAACAAUUUAAUUGGUGGCCAAAUUCCUGUCAAUAUAUCUCGUUGUGCUAACCUCAUUUACAUCAAUUUUUCACACAAUGGAUUGGUAGGAGAAGUUCCUGUGGAGCUGGGAUCCUUGUCGAAGCUCGCAAUAGUAAAUAUAGAGGCCAACAAUCUUAGAGGGAGUAUCUCUCCUUUCGCGAAUUUGUCAUCUCUUCGCGACCUGUUUUUAGAGAACCUAUCCCAAAACCAAUUGAGUGGUUCUCUUCCCAUGGAAGUUGCAAAGUUGAUAAACCUUGGUUACUUGGAUGUCUCUAAGAACCUGUUAUCAGGUGAAAUUCCGAGCACUCUGGGUAACUGCACAAGCCUGGAAACGCUACGUUUGGGGAACAACUUUUUCAACGGAACCAUUCCUUCUUCUUUGAGUUUCUUGAGAGGCCUUAGUGAGUUGGAUCUUGCGAAUAAUAGCUUGUCUGGUGAAAUUCCAGUGUACUAG